AUGAACAUUUUAUGUUAUUAUCGUGAUUGCACAGAAGAAGAUGCUGCAAAAAUGUAUAAAGAGCACAUUAUUGAUAAAAUUCAAGAUCAAUUGGAAUUUAAUCAAUACUUUACACGUCAGUGGGACAUUCAUAAACAACAGUGGAUAGCCGCUGCCAGACCAAAUGAAUUAACCGUUGUGAAUACCGUUUCUGAAUCUUUAUUUAAAAAGAUAAAAUAUCACGAUUUUGGCUGCGUUAAAAAUCAAAGAAUUGAUAUUUUUGUCAAAAAUCUUUUAGAAGAAGUUGCACCCAAUUACUUUUAUCGUAUUAAAAACGAUUUACUUCAAACAGGUUUUAUUCCUUCAAUUAGAAUUCGCGAGCCUCGAUUGACAGAUUAUAAAACAAAAUUGAAAAGAGAAGUUCAAUCACGUUUAUACCAAGUAUUAAAUUUUGUUCAGAAUCAAGAAGCCAAUUUGAAUCCAUUAAGAUUUUUAUUGGAAAAUGCUGAAGAAAAACUUUCUCAAAUAAAUGAGAAGAUACAAAAUUCAAUUACAUAUUUAAGAUCGUUUGAAAUUCCAAAUGAAUUGUUAGAUACGUAUAUGUUAGAAAUUAAUGAAUUUUGUUAUAAUUCUCCAGGUUAUAUUUUAGAACAUUUCGAAGAAUUUUUGGAGGAUUUCAAAGAAAAGAAUAAUUUAAUAGACUAA